UGAUUAUAAUACUAUUGACCUUCCAACGGGUUAAUAUAAAUAUCUUGAAAGUUAAAGUAAGGAUAAAUAAAACCAGAUUAGGAGGAAUUUGAUUUAUUUUUUUCAUCAUAGUGUUAUCUCAGUUAUUAAUGAACAACGCAAGAAUUGAAACGUAAUUAAUGUAUUUUACUAUUUUUAUAGAAUUUCAGUAUUUUCCAUAAAGUUUAUCGUGUUUUCUUUUCUGUGCUAGAGUUUUGUGAGAUUUCAAAAAUGAAAGCUGUUGAACGUAAACCCACAUCGCCCUUAAAUCAAAAGGUGAUUAUUGUCCUUUUCUAUUGCAUUCAAACAUACAUCGCACCUGGAGCAAUAGGAACAGGAACUCUAUUGAAACGAAUUUUUCUCAACAAGCUGACGAGACUACGACCUUCAUUUAACCUCUACGACCCUGUGGGCAGAUUUUCGACACCCGGCUGAUUUUUGCUAAAAGUGGAAAAUUAGGGUAUUUCUUGCAUUCUAAUAAUUAGUGUUUAGUGUAUUCAAAAAAAUCUAACAAGGUAGGCACUACAACUGGAAUAAGGUUGUCUCAAGUUCAGUGUCGGACGUUUGGAUUUUCGAAAGGUACCAGUUUGAGUGUUUCCAGCCGCUGCUUCGACGCAGUAACUUUGUUUCCGGAAGAGAACAGUACCGAUUCGGUGCCAGAACUAUGGUGUGGCCCACAGUCAAUGAUAGGAUUACCAACGUCAAUGUGGAGAUGAGCAGCAAUGUGCUUCCAUUCCAACUGCAGGCCUCAGAGGCCAACACGCAGCUCAUGCACUUGUCCCGUUUGGACAUCCAUUCUAGGGCUUCGUUUAUCAGACUCAGUGGCAUUAUUUGCACCAUCGGACCCGCUUCCAGGGACUUGGAUGUCCUCGAACAAAUGAUGGAGGCCGGUAUGAAUAUUGCCCGUUUGAACUUCUCUCACGGUUCUCACGAGUACCACGCCGAGACCAUCAAGAACAUUAGGCAAGCAGUUGUUAAUUACAGUAAAAAAAUUGGUAUGGCUUAUCCUUUGGCUGUCGCUUUGGAUACUAAAGGUCCUGAAAUCAGAACUGGAUUGUUAGAAGGUGGUGGUUCUGCUGAAAUUGAGCUUAAACGAGGUGACACCAUCAAGCUGACAACCGACAAAGCCUACGCAGAAAAAGGAAACAAAGAUACUGUUUUUGUUGACUAUGAAAACAUCCAAAAAGUUGUGAAAGUAGGUAACAGGAUCUACGUCGAUGACGGUCUCAUUUCCCUGGUUGUCACCAAUAUUCAAGGAUCGUUCUUGACUUGCACCAUCGAAAACGGCGGUUCUCUUGGAAGCCGUAAAGGUGUCAACUUGCCUGGAGUACCAGUAGAUCUUCCAGCUGUUUCCGAAAAGGACAAAUCCGAUUUGCAAUUUGGUGUCGAGCAAGACGUCGAUAUGAUCUUUGCCUCGUUUAUCCGGAACGGAGCUGCGCUUACUGAGAUCAGAGGUAUUUUGGGUGAGAAAGGAAGGAAAAUUUUGAUCAUUUCCAAAAUUGAAAACCAGCAAGGUAUGGCCAAUUUGGAUGAAAUCAUUGAAGCUUCUGAUGGUAUUAUGGUCGCUCGUGGUGACUUGGGUAUCGAAAUCCCCACAGAAAAAGUUUUCUUGGCCCAAAAACAAAUAAUUGCUAAAUGUAAUCAGGCUGGCAAACCUGUUAUUUGUGCCACUCAAAUGUUAGAAUCCAUGGUGAAAAAACCCAGGCCAACCCGUGCAGAAUCCUCUGACGUUGCCAACGCAAUCUUAGAUGGAGCAGAUUGUGUCAUGUUAUCUGGUGAAACGGCCAAAGGAGACUAUCCAGUUGUUUGUGUUGAAACGAUGGCUAGUAUUUGCAAGGAAGCUGAGGCUGCUUUCUGGCACAAGCGGCUCUUCAGUGACUUGUCCAUCCAAACUGUUCCUCCAAUCGAUGUCGGUCACACUGUCGCCAUUGCUGCAGUAGAAGCUUCUACCAAAAGUUUAGCUGCUGCCAUCAUUGUUAUCACUACUUCUGGCCGGUCUGCUCAUCUAGUUUCCAAAUAUAGACCAAGGUGUCCAGUAAUUGCAGUCACUAGGAAUGGACGUACUGCCAGACAAGCUCACUUGUACAGAACUGUUUUACCAAUCUUUUAUGAGAAGGAAAGGCUUGAAGACUGGCUCCAAGAUGUAGACGCUCGCGUCCAAACUGGUAUUACUUUUGGAAAAUCGAAAGGUUUUAUCAAAACUAGCGAUCCCGUUAUUGUGAUCACCGGCUGGAAACAAGGAUCCGGAUUCACCAACACCAUGCGCAUUCUUACUGUAGAAUAAACACUUCAAGAGUUCAUCAGAGAAAAAAAUCAACUAAGAUUGUUCACCAGUGAUUGUUAUAAACAACCUAUUUUAAUUUAAGCAUGAAAAUUAAAACAUUGGAAAAUUAUUCAGUGUUUAAUAAUUUUGUAGUUGUGUUAAUUUAUUUUCAAAUUGUGUAUAUGUGAUUUAAAACUGAAUUUAUAGAUUUGGAAUUAUCCAUAUAUAUAUUUAAAUAAAGAUAUAUGUAAUAGAA